UGCUGCCCGGUUCCCGGCCCCGCCUUCCUGAUGACGUUGGUAUUGUUGCUGGAGCUGUCAUCAUGGCGGCUCAGAAGAUCAAUGAAGGGUUAGAGCAUCUGGCAAAGGCAGAGAAAUGUUUGAAGACUGGUUUUCUAAAGUGGAAACCGGACUAUGACAGUGCAGCUUCAGAAUACUCAAAAGCAGCUGUUGCUUUUAAAAAUGCUAAACAGUAUGAUCAGGCUAAAGAAGCUUAUCUAAAGGAGGCUGAAUCGUAUGAGAAUAAUAAAUCUCUUUUCCAUGCUGCCAAAGCCUAUGAACAAGCAGGAAUGAUGCUAAAGGAGAUGCAGAAACUUCCUGAGGCCGUCCAGCUAAUAGAACGAGCCAGCAUGAUGUUUCUGGAGAAUGGGACACCUGACACGGCUGCUAUGGCUUUGGAGCGAGCUGGGAAGUUGAUAGAAAAUGUGAACUUAGAAAAAGCUGUCAAUCUAUAUCAACAGUCUGCAUCCGUGUUUGAGAAUGAAGAUCGUUUACGUCAAGCUGUGGAACUUCAAGGAAAGGCAUCAAGACUUCUAGUGAGAGCACGACGACUAGAUGAAGCUGUCGUAUCUAUUCAGAAAGAAAAGAAUAUGUACAAAGAGAUUGAGAAUUAUCCCACUUACUAUAAGAAAACCAUUGCCCAUGUGUUAGUAUAUCUUCAUAGGAAUGAUUAUGUGGCUGCAGAGAAGUGUGUCAGAGAAAGUUACAGUAUUCCAGGUUUCAAUGGUAGCGAGGACUGCGCUGCCCUGGAACAGCUACUAGAGGGAUAUGAUCAGCAAGAUCAGGACCAGGUGUCAGAUGUUUGCAACUCACCUUUAUUUAAAUACAUGGAUAAUGAUUAUGCUAAGCUUGCACUGAGCUUGGCUGUCCCCGGAGGUGGCACCAAAAAGAAAGCUCCAGCGCCCCCUCAGAACGCGGUUUCGGAAUCGGCUCAGGGCGGUUCUAAAGGUGAAGAAGAUGAUGAUGAAUAUGCAGGAGGGCUCUGCUAAUGUUUCUUUCUCAUGGCUGCCCAUGUGCGUUUCCAAUAUCAGGUCUACCAACUACAAUGAAGAUGUCCUUCUCUGCAUACAUCAUAUAGGAAUGUUACUGCUUUGUUUCAUGGCAUUUUUAUGAAAUCAAAAUAUCAUUUCCACUUCUACCACAUUCUGUCUGUGAUCAGAGCUCCAUUGAUACCAAUAUGUAACAAAUGGUAUAUGGAUCAAUAUAAUUUCCCAGUGCAGCACAGUUGCAUCUCUAUCGACAAGAAGUAUAGUAGCACGUAACUUUUAUUUUGUCAUUUAAAAUGGAAUAGUUCUUCUAAAAAUAAUGACUUCUGUUUAUACAAAUGUGUUUUCCUGUAAAUUAUUGAAAGUAAUUGUGACAUGCCUAUUAAAUAUUUAAAGAUCAA